UCCGACUUUUUCAUCAUAGAGACUUCGUCCACAAUAAUAAUGUCCAAGUCCUCCAAAUCCACUGAGGACAAGCCUCUCUCCAAGACUAGAAGAAAACUAGCAAGUGUUCUUCCUCCAAUAAUCGUCGUGGCUUAUCCAGUGAGCGCAGUCUUUAUAAUACUGGUGCGGCGACCCCAGCUACAGCACAGAGCUUCUACUGCUUCUAUCACCCGACUCUUCCCCGUGCCUCCUUCACCCCCCAGAAACAUUCGUAGCUGCUGA